UAAGAAAGACAGACGAAACUAAGCAAGGAAGCAGUGAAGCAGAACAAAGUAAAACAUCAGAACUGUUUAACAUUUAAUAUGGGAAAGAAAAACAAAUAUAAGAAGGAAGAACCAGCUCCAGCGCAACAGCAACAAGCUGCUGCAGAUUCUGGACCUGGAGAGAGCACAUCUCGGCUGCAAGCUGGUGAUACAAGAGGGCCAGGACCACAACGUUCCAAUCAGCCCGCACAGGGUAGUGGGCAUCAGCGUCCUGCUAGCGCUCAACCAUCGCAAUAUCGGCCGCAGCAGGCAGGACAACAAGAGCAAGGCUGGAGUAGGGCUGGCCCAUCGGGUGCCCAGCAGCAAGGUGGUAAUCAGAGUGGUCCGCCAAAACGCCCGCAAGGCGGACAACAAGGUGGACCUCAAAGUGGCUAUCAGCAGCGCGGCCCACCAGGCGGCCAACAGCAGCGUGGUCCUCCGGGCCGACAAGGGGGCUAUGACCAGCGAUCACAGGCUGGCGCCAUGGGCCCGCCUCUGCCCCAAACAGGCAACAUCAAACGUGGCACUCUGGGUCGCGCUGGUUUUGUGGACAUCAACUAUUUGGAUGUGGACAUCUCGAAGAUGCCAGAYAUUGCCUAUCACUAUGAUGUCUCUAUUGUACCCGAACGUCCAAAGAAAUUCUAUCGCAACGCCUUCGAAGAGUUCCGCACAAAGCAUUUGAAUAACGCCAUUGCCGCCUUUGAUGGACGCAAGUCGUGCUACAGCGUGGACAAGCUCCAAAAUACAACCGGCGAAGUGCAGGUUGUAGAUCGUCAUGGCCGCACUGUCCGCUAUACAUUGACCAUCAAGGAGACGGAUAAUUCGGAGGUGGAGCUCAGCUCACUCCGCAGCUAUAUGAAUGAUAAGAUUUAUGACAAGCCGAUGCGUGCACUGCAGUGUCUGGAGGUGGUGYUUGCCGCGCCAUGCCAUUCGACUGCCAUACGUGCGGGUCGCUCAUUCUUCAAGAACUCUAACGACGGCGAGCGUUACGAGCUUGGAGACGGCUAUGAGGCUUUGGUUGGACUGUAUCAGAGCUUUGUGCUGGGCGAUAGGCCAUUUGUGAAUGUCGAUGUCUCACACAAAUCGUUUCCAAUCGCUAUGCCUAUGAUUGAGUACCUAGAGCGCUUCGCGCUUAGGUCAAAAAUAAAUCCACAAUCAAUACUGGGCAACACUUAUCAGUUAAUGAACUUCAUAAAGGGCAUUAAUAUCGUGUACGAGGCACCGGCCAGCUUUGCGACUGCACCGCGCGUCUACAAAGUGAACGGACUGUCACCACAGCCAGCCAACGAGCAAAAAUUCAAACUGGACGACAAAACGAUGACCGUCAGUGAAUACUUUCGUUCACGCAAUUACAAUUUGAAAUAUCCCAAGCUGCAUUGUCUCCACGUGGGCCCACCAGCAAAGAACAUCUACUUGCCCAUUGAACUAUGCCGCAUCGAGGAGGGACAGGCCCUAAAUCGCAAGGAUGGCGCAAAUCAGGUUUCAGAAAUGAUACGCUUUGCAGCCACAUCAACCGACGAGCGCAAGAAAAAAAUCAUGGAUCUAUUGAAAUACUUUCAUCACAAUGCUGAUCUGACUAUCAGUCGAUUUGGUAUACGCAUCAGCUCUGAUUUUAUUACGGUGAAUAGUCGCCUGCUGACUGCGCCGCAGCUGGAGUACAGGAAUAGUAAAUUCGCAUUUCCCUCAAACGGAGCAUGGCGCAUGGACAAAUGUCAAUUUUUAAAGCCAACGCCAAAGGCUCAUAAGUGGGCCAUACUCCACUGCGAGGGAGCACGUCUGCUCUAUAACAAAGUUUGCGAAUUCGAGAAAAUGGUUGUUAACCAAUGUAACGAUGUGAAUGUUAGCUUGGAGCCCAGAGCAGAGAUUCGUACUUUCAAAGACGAACGCAACUUGGAUGAUCAUUUCAAGGAGCUGAAACUCAAUCGAUUUGAUUUAGUCUUUGUUAUCAUACCAUCACGGGGAGCCASCUAUGAAGUCAUCAAGCAAAAAGCCGAACUGCAACAUGGCAUAUUGACRCAGUGCAUCAAGCACAAUAAUGUGGACCGUCGUCUCAAUGCACAGUUGGUUGGAAACAUUCUUUUGAAGGUCAAUUCCAAGCUCAACGGCAUCAAUCACAAGCUCAAGGAUGAUCCACGUACACAGCUCACGAAUGUCAUGUAUUUGGGUGCCGAUGUCACUCAUCCUUCACCGGAUCAACGCGAUAUACCCAGUGUGGUGGGUGUGGCCGCAUCACACGACGCUUACGGCGGCUCAUUCAACAUGCAAUAUAGAUUGCAAUGCGGGGCCGGCGGCAGAGCAGCCGAGGAAAUAUUAGACAUGGAGUCCAUUGUAACGGAACACUUGCGUGUGUACAAAGAGCAUCAGAAGCGCUAUCCGGACCAUAUAAUAUAUUAUCGUGAYGGCGUCAGCGAUGGCCAAUUCAUGAAGAUCAAGAACAUUGAACUGAAGGGCAUUUACGUGGCUUGCACCAAGUUGGGCAUUAAGCCAAAGAUGUGCUGCAUUAUUGUGGUGAAGCGUCAUCAUACUCGAUUCUUUCCAAAGGGGCAGCCGCAUCCAAGAAAUAAAUUCAACAACGUUGAGCCCGGCACUGUAGUCGACCGCACCAUUGUUCACCCGAACGAGAUGCAAUUCUUCAUGGUCAGCCAUCAGUCCAUUCAGGGCACUGCGAAGCCCACACGCUACAACGUUAUUGAGAACACGGGCAACCUAGAUAUUGAUCUAUUGCAGCAAUUGACCUACAAUUUGUGCCACAUGUUUCCACGUUGCAAUCGCUCCGUCUCAUACCCAGCUCCAGCCUAUUUGGCUCACUUGGCUGCAGCACGAGGACGCGUCUACAUCUAUGGAUCUCGUCUAUGCCGCUCGCCAGAGGAGGAAUAUAAACGCCGUCUGAUUGUGCCCGAUUUUCUGAAAACGAAUCCCAUGUAUUUCGUUUAAAAAAAAACAAAUUAUCAUA